AUGAUAAUAAGCCUCUCGUGGCCCUUGCUAUUCACUAGAACGACGCUGUACGCAGCUUUGGUACUGGCGUCGGUUUUUCUUGUUUUGCUGCCCUGGUCGAUUGUUUCCUUUUGGUAUUUUUACGGUCGCUUAAUUCCAACGCCUAUUUACGAGCAGACAGUCCACCUGAACUACGAGCUGCGUGAACGCGGGCCAUACCAGAUAUUCAACGCGGCAGAUUUUUUCGUGCAUCUUGCCGCAGUCAAAAACGACAAUUUAUUCAACGACCCGGUGUCAAAAUACGAGUUCUAUCUGUCUUUCGAGACAAAAUGUUUAAGUUCCUCGAAAACCAUUGUUGGAUCCAGAUUUUCGGUUCUCGACGACACCAUUUUGAACGAGGAGCUCAAGCCGUGGGAAUUGAACCUGGAACAUGUGAGUCUGAAGUCGAAGUUUGUCAACUUGUGGCCAAUAACCGACAAUCUCAAAAGAUCGUUGCAAUUUUCUUCUGGCUCCAACAGACCGCGUAGCAUUGAGUGGCAAUGGCCGCGUUCCCGUUCCCUUUGCAACGAGCAAAAACCCAUUGUGGAUGCUCCAUCAAGUUCGUGGAGAUUCUGGAAUAGCCAUAAAAACACACAGAUAGAAGGAGGUGGAGGCGAGGUGGUUCCUGGCAUGGGCAUCUAUUAUGUCAACACACAAUAUUUCACGCUCGAUUGCCAGGAAAACCAUUCGUUUCUGCCUCCUCUAAUAGAGAAACAUGUGGCACCUCCUGAACUCGCAAAUAAACUGCAUUACUCACCUACCUAUAAACUUCACCUGCUGUCGCUUCAGCCGCCUGCACAGUCGCUUGUGUGGCCAACAUCGAGCUACAAUGAUAUUUUGGAGAAUUCCAGGCACAUGAAGUUUGUCCUGGAGCUCAACCAGAACCAGGCGUUCCUAGAAAACGCAAAAUUGCAGGUGGUGAUGAAAUACAACGGCCUCCGAUGGUACUUGGCCCAAUAUCCUACGCUUUCGUUUAUUAUUGGAGUUCUCAUCUGCUGGACGGUUAGCUCUGUCGUCUGUGUUGCUGUGAGUGCAUUUAUAUUCUCCUACUACAAGCAAACCGUGCCACCGAUCAAACAGGACGAAACAAUGACAAAUCUAGACUCGCUACUAAAAGGUGUCGAACACUGA